GGGUAGUGGUAGCAUUGACAGUGCCAGGGCACACUGUGGGUAGUGGUAGUAUUGACUGGCUAAUUGCAGACAGAAGGCAGAGGACUUUGUAGCAAUCUGGGGAUGACACCACUGUUCUCCUCAAUCAGACAGUGUUCAGCGAGGUGUGUGCUGCAGUCCGGUCACCCUCAGUAAGUUAUACGCUCUCCGGGCCGGGCCCUCGCCGCUGCUGCAUUAGGAGCCGCCAAUCAGAACCAACAACCAACUCCACACGGACCGCAGCAGCUGAACUGAGCUCACUGACGGAGCGGGCAGUGAACACGAGACUCAACACAGGGACUGAACAUAGUGACUGGAAGCAGCCGUGUGCAGCAGAGAGAGACAUUGUGAUCCUGUAUAAACAUACAGAGGGAGGACAUACAUACACGUUACAUCUCUACAGUGGGACGGAUAGAGAGAGAGAGAGAUGUAGCCUAUAGAGUAAUGCUAUACGUUUGAUCCUGUAUAAACAUACAGAGGGUUGACAUACAUACACGUUACAUCUCUACAGUGGGAUGGAUAGAGAGAGAGAGAUGUAGCCUAUAGAGUAAUGCUAUACGUGUGAUCCUGUAGGGUGUUUAUAUCACACAGGGAGACUGUAGUCAUUUGUAAAGCAGUUACCAUCACAGUUGGAGACGGUGAUGUGUGAUAGUGAACCGUGGGAGACAAUUUAGCUGAUGACGUGUUUGUGUUGUCAAAAGUAUCAUGUGUGGGGAUGAAGCCCCGAGUUGAGAGAUAUGGGUACAGAAACAGUAUAAUGACUUGUUUCAGAUGGUUUACUCCGAUGUGUCUGUCUGGCUGAUGUAGAGUAAAGAUAUUGGUUUGUUUGGUGUUGGGAUUCUGGUCUGUGCUUUGCCAUUUGAGUGGUUCUAGCCUGUUGGUUUGUAUCAUUGCUUUGCUCCAUUGAUUUGAUGUUUAGUUAUGUAGUCCUACACAGCAGAGCAGCUCGGUUGGCAGACAGUCAUUUGGCUAAUUGUGUGCUGAUAGUUAGUAGCAACGUUGUCAGACAUUCUAGAUCGACGCUGUGGUGAUGUUAGAUCGGUGGUGUUUUAUCAAAAGACUGCAGCUCUGAAGAAUCGUGCGUGUUAUGUACUGGUAAAACCCCGGCUUUGUUGUGUGUCACUGCAGCCCUAGUUGUGCUCUGCUGUGCUCUGCUCUGCUGUGCUCUGCUGGUGUUACGACGGCAGUGUUCCUGUGUCACAGAGGAAGCAUUGAUCAGACAGCUACUGAGGCUCAAUACACAAUGAGGCCUGGCCCGAGAUCUCUCCUCCUCCCCACCCCCUUCUCCCUCUCCCUGCGUGCCCUGCUCCUGCUCUGCCUUGCGCCGUGUUGCCAGGCGGUGCAGGCUGAGAAUGUGACAGUGUUGGAGGGAGGCACGGCCCAGAUCUCCUGUCGUCUGCAGAACUAUGACGGCUCCAUUGUGGUUAUCCAGAACCCUCGCAGACAGACCCUCUUCUUCAACGGCACACGAGCGUUGAAGGACGACCGUUUCCAGAUGGUUCUCUUCACACCCCGCCUGGUGCGCAUCACCCUCACCAACGUGAGCGUGUCGGAUGAGGGCGGCUACUUCUGCCAGCUCUACACCGACGACACCCACCACCAAGUGGCCACGCUAUCCGUGUCCGUCCCUCCCGACACCCCCACGGUGGAGGUGAGGCAGGAGGCCAUGGAGGGGGGCGAGGUGGAGCUCACCUGCCUGUCGCCGCGCAGCAAGCCCCCCGCCACGCUGCGCUGGAUCAGGGACCGCCGGGAGAUACCAGGUGUGGUGUCCCAGCAGGAAAAUGGGAAGACAGUGAGUGUGUCCAGCACCAUCCGUCUCCCUGUGGAGAGAAAAGACAACGGGGCAGCGGUCAGCUGUGAGGCAUCCCACCCCGCCCUGGGGGGGCAGAAGAGGGUCCGCCACUACCGCCUCGACGUCUACUUUGCCCCCACAGUGAGGAUCAUUCCUCCCCCUGGCAUCCUCCGAGAGGGAGACUCUCUCAGCCUCACCUGUUCCAUCACUGGCAACCCGCUGCCUAGGGAUGUCCAGUGGACUAGGAUUAAUGACACCUUACCUGAGAGGGCGGAGAUCUCUGGCCCCACCCUCCAAGUGGCCCGUCUCAGCCAAUCACACAACGGGACCUACCUGUGUCAGGCGCAGAACAACUACGGCCGUGCAGCUGACCACUACACGCUGCUGGUGUACGAGAAUGUGUCUGUCACUACCAUGGUCCUUCCCACCUCCCAUCACGCCACCUCCCACCCAACCACGCUCCUCCUAACCCCCAGCUACGCACCGGACCCCCGAGACCCAGGUGCAGUGAUUGAGACCCACAGUGCAGUACCGUACGCUGUGAUAGGGGGCGUCCUGGCUCUGCUGGUCUUCACCAUCAUCUGUGUUCUCAUCAUCACCAUCUGGUGCUCUGUCCGACAGAAAGGUUCAUAUCUUACCCAUGAGGCCAGUGGGUUGGACGAGCACGGGGAGGUCCAGGAGGCUUUCCUCAAUGGGAAUGAUGCCAGUCAGGGCAAGAAGGAGUACCUACUGUAGCCUCCAUCCCCAAAACCCACAGCCCUCCCCCAACACGCCAUGACGGGUGGCCUUCUGAAUCGACUGUAAUACUACUGCACACAGACCACAUUACAGACCACAACAUAAACCACAACACAGACCACAACAGAGGCCGAAAGAGAGAUCCGUCCAGCCCUUACAUUACAACUGUGCCAUACUGUAGGUGUACUGGAGGAAGGAGCGAGGGAGGAUGGCAGAGAUAGGGGAAAGUGAUAAUAGGGUCAUUAUUUUGAUAGAGAGAAGAGAUAACAAGAAAGAAAGCCUCAGCACUUUCCUUCCCUGUGGUAAUUGGAGAGGGAGGGAGAAAGAGAGAGGAAAGAGAGAGAAAAAAUGUGGUGGGGUCGGUAUGGUUUCCAGAAGCUAUUGAGUUUGAAUGUUAAAUUUGAUUACUUGAAAUUGCCAAAGCACAUCAGCCAACAGAGAGCAACUCAUCUAUAAUUAUUUGACAACAUUGCAGAGUGUUACCCUGAAAGUCUCAUAAAGUAUAUCUGAACUGUUCAGUCAA